AUGCUCACCGAGGUGGUCGUGCUGAGCAGGGAGCAGGCCGCGGAACACCACCCCAACUCCUUCCUAUUGGUCAGGCCACUCAGAGGGGCUCGCAGCCCCCAGUCGGUGGCAGGCCCCCAAAGCCACUGGCCCCCAUCAGAGGCGGCCGGGGGUGACAGCAGCAGCAUGGACACCAGGGCUAGGGACCUGCCCAGAGAGCCCGGCCUCAUAGCCCACAUCCUGCGUGUGGCCUGGUCACUCAGCCCCUUCCUCCUCACCUGCGCUGCCUACUUCUGGUUCUGGAUCCCCGAGGCCCCGCCGUCCCUGACCGGGGCCCUGGUCAAAUGCCUGCCGGUGCUCAGCCUUGUCCUCUUCCUGCGGGUCCAGGCCCCACGUGGGCGCUACACCACCCUGCUCCAGGCGGCCCUGCUGUGCUCGGCUGGAGGGGACGCGUGCCUCAUCUGGCCUGAUGGCUUCCUGUACGGCAUGGCCGCCUUCGCUGGGGCGCACCUCCUGUAUGUGACCGCCUUCGGCUGGCGGCCACCGCGGCUGGCCACGCUGCUGCCCGUCGGCCUGGCGUGCAGCCUACAGUACGGCCUCCUGCUGCCCCACCUGCCCUCGGACCUGGCGCUGCCCGUAGCGGCCUAUGGCCUCGUGCUGGCCACCAUGCUGUGGCGAGGGCUGGCCCGCGGGGGCAGCGCCGGCCCGGGCGGCCUGCUCUUCACGCUCUCGGACGCCGUGCUGGCCUGGGACGCCUUCGCCUGGCCGCUGCCCCACGCCCGCCUGCUGGUCAUGAGCACCUACUACGCCGCCCAGGCCCUCAUCGCACUGUCCGCCGUCGGCGGCCCGAGGCCCAAAGCCAGCUGA